AUGCCAAAUUACCCGCUAUGUUGUUGGGGAAAACCCCCCCCUUCUUGCAUGAUGACCUUUGCAAGGAUAGAGAAGGAUGUUGUGGUUCGCUUUGAGGUGCUUGGAGUCAGAUGGAUGAGAGGAGAUGGAGAUAUAACAAGGAAUUCAAACUAUAUGAAGGUUGCUGGUGUAAAUUGGAAUUACCUGAUAGGAAGACUAGUUCAGUUUUACCCUUUAAGAUGCUUAUGGGCAAUAGAUCUUAAUUUUCUUGUGAUGUGGACAUGA